GACAGUAAAAAUAUUUGCAUGACCAUGAUAGUCAUUUUCGGUUAAACAUGUAUCAAAUUUCUGACUUUGCCUAUGUCGUUAGCUCCAUGUAUCCCGCAGCCCCUAAUACACAGACUUGGACAGUGAUAUCCAGCUCCUUUUCGAUUGUCUGCUAGACAAAAAAGCCAGAGCUAAUCCCGUAACUGAAACAUAUAAACGCCAUGUUGAAAAGAUCGCCAAUACACAUAGCCUCCUCACAAAAGUCAUGGAUUAACUGUCUAUUUGUUUAUAAUUUUAAUCUGCAGAAGGGCUAAAGGGGUGGUCCCACCGGAAUACGCAUUUCAUAAUCUUUGGUUUUCCCCGAGUCCCACAUAUCGGCAAAUCAAGGCUCAGCUGCUGAGAACAUGCACGUUAUAUACGGACACCUGGGAUACACGUGUAAAAUAUUGAUAGGCAUAUAUAGGCCUAAGGAAAUGAAUAAAAUAAAUAAACAUUGAGAAGAUUGUAGACUGUGACCUACAUAGAUCUACACAAAAAAAUCUUAACAGACAUCAUUUUUUGAUACGUCUUCUGAGUAUUUGAUCAAUAUCAUGCGGCUUCACCAGAUUAAGGUCGAGAUUUAAUGUACGUUUUAUUUUUUAGCAAAUUAAAUCGAUACAUACAUCGUAUAAAAUGUAGAAUACAAAAUAUGUACGAAAGAAAUGAAAAUUUGAAAAUAGCAGUUUAUAAAUGAACGUUAUCAAAUCCUACAAUGGAAUGUUUUUUGUCAAGAAGGUAAGUACGCUUGAAAUAUAUCAGUACUUAUACAUCUCAGACCGUAUUGAAUAUAAAUAGGAUUAAUGCGCAAUGAAUUGCAGGCUCUUCGUGCUAAUGAAUAAUCUAAUGUGAAACACUGAAGUUGUCAAAGGCUGUGAUUUAUGUUUACCUUUCAUCAGAAGGUGUUAUAACUUUCGUUAGGGAGGAGUUCGGCGCGAUUCUGCCAUUAUGUCCCUAAUGGGACAAGACUUUGAUGAAGAUGUCUUUCUUCUGAAGUUGGACUCCACCCACCCCUGCAUGUGUGAAGUGUUUUUCUCGGAGUCUGACAGGGGAAAACCGCAUAUAAGGUCAGUCUGAUGUCCCCCAGAGAAGAGUCAUGGGUCCAUUCAGCGCCUUCGUUCUUUGCUCUGCAAUGCUCGCUGUUGUUGAAGGCUUCACGCUGGAGGACAUGAAAGAAGCCAUGCUUCAGAAAGUAGGACUAAACGAGCUUCCCAGGAUUCACAAGAGGGACGUGGAGAACCUGGUCAUCCCACCGCACAUCAAGAACAAAUACGUCUCCCUGCUUAAACAGCAAAAUAAGCGUCGGCGCCGAUCACUGCCCAGCUUGGCUGGCAUCCUGCGAGGCAUCCCGGGAAAUGCAGAUGUUUCGGGAGAAGUGAUGUACUCAGACACUCACCGGCAGCGACUGUUUUUUGACAUGGAGACCAGAAUUCCGGAAAACAGUGAAGUGACCAUGGCAGAACUAAAACUGUUCAAGACAGCACCGAAAAAGCAGCCAGUUCCCGAAAACAAGAACCGGCGUCCGGUCAACAAUGCGAGAGUGAGCAUAUAUUGGGUGAAUAUACUGGAAAAUGGAUCAAACCACACUUCUCUCGUAGAUUCAAGGUUGGUGCCGAUUCAUGAAACCGGCUGGAAAAAUUUUGACGUGACCCAGGCGGUUCAUUUUUGGUCUAAAACCCAAAGAAACCGCCCAAUGCAUCUAGAGGUGUGGAUCGAGGCUGAGAGGCCGGGCAGCUACGCUGCGGAGCUGGCCAAAGGCGUAAGGUUCGCCACCCAGAGCCCUGAUGACAUGGACGCCGGGAAGCCAGAGGUGGUGCUGUACACCCUGAACACGGAGGAAUUUGGUUCCCGUGGCGAUUGCUUGGCUGGAAAAAGCAAUGUCUGCUGUAGGGAAGAGCAUUUCGUCAACUUCAGAGAGCUGACGUGGACGCAGUACUGGAUUAUCGAGCCGGCGGGUUACCAGGCUUUCCGCUGCGCAGGCGGCUGCAAGAAACCAAAGCGCAACUACGGAUACGGAGUGCGGACGUGCGCGGUAGUGGAGAGCGCUCCGCUGCCCAUGAUGUACCUCGUGAAGAAGGGUGACUACACGGAGAUCGAGGUCGCCGAGUUCCCAAACAUGAUUGUGGAGAAGUGUGGCUGCACCAUGGACGAUAUGAUCGUAUAAUGAAAACCCGGAGUACUUCUAUACAGAGGUGGAAAUUUCAGGUCCAGAAAGUAAAAUUCCACUCCAAGAUUUUUUUUCAACCAACCAUUUGAGUAUAAAGACUCACAGACACAGAGUGCUCAGCUGCUUGGUUGAAGCAAAAUCUUGGACUGGAUUUUUACUUUCUGGCCCGGAAAUGGCCACCUUUGCUUCUAUAUAGUUUUGCAAUUUUGGUGAUCGGAAUAUGGAAUCCAUUUUUUUGCACGAAACUUUCUUGCUUACAAGCACUUAAAUGUAAAUAAUCUAAUUUAAAACUAAAGUCUUUAUUUUUGCAUUUGUGCCAAAAAACGUGCAUGA